AUGGAGAUCUUUGUUUUUCUGUUUCCUCAAUUUAACUUCUCAGCACCAAAGGAGGAAGCGUACAUCAAAAUGUUCGGUCAAGUAGACUGGCAUGUCCCUGGCACAAAAGACAGCAACCAGAGAAAUAAAGAUAAAAAGAGCAGAUUAAGUCUUCUCCUGACAAAGUCUGAAUCCCAUGAAAACGUCAGUCCAGAAAAGAAGCCUCAACCCAAAAUCAACAAUGUCAAACCAGAUGUCGCUUUGAAGUGGAGUGAUUCAUUUGAAGAACUGCUGAGCGAUCCAGAUGGCAUUGAGAUCUUUACUCAGUUUCUGCGGACCGAGUUCAGUGAGGAGAACAUCGAGUUCUGGUUGGCCUGUGAGGACUACAAGACGAUUGAGUCUGCAACCAAGCUGCAGUCCAGAGCCAAACAGAUGUAUGCUGUCUUCAUUGAAUGUGAAGCACCCAAAGAGAUAAACAUAGACCAUUCCACUAAGAUGACUAUUCAGAAGAACAUUCUUCAGCCAACCCCGUCUAGCUUUGACGCAGCACAAAGCAAAAUCUACACCUUGAUGAAGAAAGACUGCUACCCACGCUUCCUCAAUUCAGACAUCUACCUGAGCCUCAUCAAGAGGAAAGGCCCAGCGGUAAUGACCAGACGACGGUCCCGCUCCUUCGUGUUCAGUGAAAGAGGAGAGACCACAGGCUCCGCCUCCUGGUUAUAGUCACGUUUGGC